AUGCGGAGGGGACGGUUAUUGCAAUGUGUAAAAGGCACAACUCCUAGUUCUACAAGUACAAUAACUGCUACUGUUAGUAAUGUUGCUGCUGCUUCAGUCCCAACAACACCGGCACCAACAGUGAAUCCUUCAGUGAAAAGUACAGUCUUGGAAAGUAAACCACAUCGUGCAUUUCUACCAUUGCGUAUUCAAACGUGGCAGACACACUCUUUAAGUGCUUCACAGAAGGAGAUAUUACCUCAGUUCUUACUAUAUCACGGAACUCACUUGGGUCCAAGACCUCUUAUCAUUCUCGAUCACACCACGAAGGACACUGAAGAUGCAAUGAAAGCAGUAAAAAAGUACGAACCAUUACUUUCUCAGCUCUCAUGGGAUUAUGGUGCUGUCUAUAUUCCACUUCAAGUGAAAUAUGAUGAUGCACCUCAGGAUCUUUUAAAUUAUUCAUGUCAGCAAAUAUCUGCCGUAAUGGAUGCCAUUGAUGUGCGUUGGACACAUUUCUUAACAUACUCCUAUGGAUGUCUCGUUGCAGCGCGCAUGGCCGCCUCACUUGAGUACCCACAUCGUAUAGGUACACUAACUUCACUCGACACCCCGCUGAUAACACGUGAACUGGUGCUGAAUAUGGAACGCCGUGAAGAGAUUGCCAAGGCGGAGAGAGAUGUGAACGUACCAGAAGCGGACUUGGCAUUCGCCAAACACACAUUACUUUCAUCACUAGAGAGUCCACUUCCCUGUCCAGCCACUGUUGCAGAUAAAGCACUGUAUGAGGAGUAUCUUUUUCAUCCCGCAAGUAUUUUUCACGCGGAUGGUCUUAUCCGCAGGGAGUCACGGUAUGUGCCGGUGAAACACUUGGCGGACAUGCGGCAUCCAAUGCAGUUGGUAGUUCCUGCUGCCAACAGCGUAAGUGAUGCGGGAGUACAUAAGGAGUUCUUUGGCCUGCGGCGACCCGUUGUGGUAAAGGGAUGUCAGAAACAUGAAGAUCUUUUCGGGAAUGAGAGUGCGAAGGAACUUGCUGCAGCCAUGGAUACGUGGUUGCAUCGCUUUGAACCAGACGCGUUUAUAGCAAAACGGUAUGAACAAGCUGCGAAGGAAAUGGCAGAGCUGAUGAAGAGCUCAACGCCAGGUACUACACAGACAGAGACUGUAAAGGGAGCAGGAGAACCACGUAAGAAGAAGGAAAAGAAGAAAAAGGCGUAA